GACAGAGACCAGAGCUUCGGGCAGCAGGCCCCGGGGCCACCUGAGCUCUUCCCAGGCCCAGCGAGCUCCUGCUGGCCUCGGAGGUGCCCGAGGUUCCGGCUUUAACCUCAGCUCUCACCCAGGGGGCGCCAUCUUGGUCCCUUUAAAGCAGGGACGGACGCACGGACGCCAGCGCCCCGCCCGGCGGGCGCGCACGAACCACGCCCAGGGCCGCCCAGCACCCGCCUCGCGCCUCGCGCCCCUGCCCCUUCAACCUCCAGACCCCUUCCCAUCACUCCGCGGGGUGACGCGGCCGCGGGCGGCGACGGCCACUGUCUCGGCGAGCAGCGGAGGGGCAGCAGUGUAGCCACUAUGGGGGCCCAGCUGAGCACGUUGGGGCGUGUGGCGCUCUCGCCGGUCUGGUUCCUCUACAGCCUGUUCAUGAAGCUGUUCCAGCGCUCCAGGCCGGCCAUCACCCUCGAGAGUCCCGACAUCAAGUACCCGCUGCGGCUCAUUGACAGGGAGGUCGUCAGCCAUGACACCCGGCGCUUCCGCUUUGCCCUGCCAUCCCCACAGCACAUCCUGGGCCUGCCCAUCGGCCAGCACAUCUACCUCUCGGCUCGAAUUGAUGGGAACCUGGUCAUCCGGCCCUACACGCCCGUUUCCAGUGACGAUGACAAGGGUUUUGUGGACCUGGUCAUCAAGGUCUACUUCAAGGACACCCAUCCCAAGUUUCCUGCUGGGGGGAAGAUGUCCCAGUACCUGGAAAGCAUGCAGAUUGGAGACACCAUUGAGUUCCGGGGCCCCAAUGGGCUGCUGGUGUACCAGGGCAGAGGGAAGUUCGGCAUCCGGCCCGACAAGAAGUCCAGCCCUGUGACCAAGACAGCCAAGUCGGUGGGCAUGAUCGCAGGAGGGACAGGCAUCACACCCAUGCUGCAGGUGAUUCGUGCCAUCAUGAAGGACCCGGAUGACCACACCGUGUGCCACCUGCUCUUUGCCAACCAGACUGAGAAGGACAUCCUGCUGCGGCCAGAGCUGGAGGAGCUGAGGAACGCACAUUCCACUCGCUUCAAGCUGUGGUACACACUGGACAGGGCCCCCGAGGGCUGGGACUACAGCCAGGGCUUUGUGAACGAGGAGAUGAUCCGCGACCACCUCCCGGCGCCGGGUGAGGAGACGCUGGUGCUGAUGUGUGGGCCACCACCCAUGAUCCAGUUUGCCUGCCUGCCCAACCUGGAGCGCCUGGGCCAUGCCAAGGAGCGCUGCUUCACCUUCUGAGCGCAGGGGACCCACUGACACCUCCGCCACCUCCAUCCACACCCGCGUUGCCACCUGUCCUUCCCUCCCACCCACAAUGCCUCAUGCUAGCCUGCCUUGUGCCCCAGGACCUGGGUUCAGCCUGGCCUGCCCGUGCCCUGGUGGUGCUGCUGGGGACACUCUUGUCCCUGCCCUCUGAACCCCGCCCCAGGCCCUGGGUUGAGGUCACCAGCACCGUCUUCUGCCUGCCACUCUCGGCGUGGAAAGGGUGGGGAGUCCAGAGUUUGGGGACCAGAGACCCAGCCUGCCACCUGUCACGCCACCCUCACUGACACUACAGGAGAUGACCAACACCUCCAGAUGUCCCCUCCCCAGAGCCCACAGGCCCUGCCGGCUACAGCCAGGCUCUCAUGGGACCUCAGCAUUUCUCCAGCACCCCCAAACUCUACUCAGGCGGCCCUGGGUGCCCAAGUCGCCAGCCUGGCAGAGUGCAGAGGUCCCCAGCCCCAAUGGCAGACACAGUCACAUGGUGCCUCUGCCCUGUACCUGCUGUCCUGCCCCCUGAGGGGGGACCUGCGAGGUGCCUCUUGUCUGACAGAUGUCCUUGGUGGCCUUUAGUUGACAGCUGUGUCCGCCUCUUGCAUAGUGGCUUUUUUCAGAGUCAUUUAUGAGCAGAAAAAGUAUUGAAGUAAAACUUUGCUACUAUUAA